CGGAGUUGGAAGGUAAGAGGGCGGAGGUCACGGCGUGUCAGAGGGGCGAUCCUGGUUUCGUUGUGAAAGAUUCGCCGUGACGGCCGCGAACGAAGUGAUCCAAAAUACAGUGGGGCGCCGGAGGGACUUAUUCGAACAGCGACACACGCGCACCGGCAGACAUGUCCUACUGCAGGCAGGAAGGUAAGGAUCGUGUAAUUUUUGUGACCAAAGAAGACCAUGAAGCACCUAGCAAUGCUGAGCUGAUUGCAGACGACCCCAACGACCCUUACGAGGACCACGGCCUCAUCCUGCCGAGCGGAGAGAUCAACUGGAACUGCCCCUGCCUGGGGGGGAUGGCCAGCGGUCCCUGCGGAGAGCAGUUCAAGUCGGCCUUCUCCUGCUUCCACUACAGCACCGAGGAGGUCAAGGGCUCAGACUGCGUAGACAAAUUCCGCAGCAUGCAGGAGUGUAUGCAGAGGUACCCUGAGCUGUACCCCCAAGAGGAUGAGAGCGCCCCACAGGGGGGUGAUGAGACACCCAGCACUGACCCCCUGGCCCAUAUACAGGACUCUGACCAGGGUUCUGCUUCAGCGCCUGAAGCCGUGCUUGCCUCAGAGGACAUGUCCUCCACGGACCACUCAGCUACGAGCUAAUACCAAAAAACCCUGUUUGUCUCGACACCUUUCUACUGCAAUCACAGAAGGGGAGACGUCCGUCUCGCAGUGUGAAUAGAUGCAUCUGUGUGUUGACUGUUGACCCCAGACAUGUCUGAACGGCUUUUCUGUGCUCUCGGGUCUGAGCUGAGAGUGUAGCAAAGAGCCCAAAGGUCCAGGACAUCUAUUCCCCCUCCCACCUCACUCGCUCUUUCUUGUGGGACAUUUCCAUCAUUGUCUUAGUCAGAAAUAAAAGGUGUUUCUAAAUGACAGCGCAUUCUGAAGUUACUCUGCAUUCUGAGCUCCUCAGUAAGAGUCUACACUGGAGCUCCGAGUGAAGAACUAUUCAGAUGGACAUAGUGCUUGUCCCAAUAAAGUCAUUUAAUAACUUAGUGCUUUUCCCAAACAACUGGACCUCAGAUGCUCAGCCAUCAUUGAUAAAACACUGUUACCCUUAGGUUCUAUCUCAAACCCCUUCAGUUUUUGUCAUGGUUUGUCCAGGAACGUGUCUGUCACGAGUUUCCAGUGGAAUUAGAACAAGAUUCUCGAUGCUGUUCUCACUGCCAACUGUAAGUGCGUAGAUCUGUCACGUUUACUUUUUAAUUCCAUGUUUGUGUUUAAAUUUGACAACUCGGAGUAGGGUAUACAAUAUUGAUAGGCAGACAGAAAAAAUAUUGAGUCUUAACGAUGUUUCUGCAGAUGUGGUUGCACUCAAUAUCUAUGCAAACCUUUCCUGGUAAGAGAGCAAUUGAACAAAUAAUUGAACCUUUUGGCAGCGGGCAGGUUUAUCGGCUUGCUCCGAGUUUUCAGUGCCUCACGUGUCAGAAAACCUGGGAAUAAUUAGCAUGGUCAGAGUCCUGAGUUCUUUGUGUGUCUUUUCAAAUAUUUGUAUUUAUAACAGCCUUAAUGUACCAUUCAAAUUC